GCCAGCUCUCAACGCUCCUACUGACAACAAGUCGUCGGCUUUUCAAAAAAUCCUCAAAAUUUCGAUCAUUCCGCCAAACCCUUUUGAUCAAUCCCUUCUUCGUGAUCAAUAAUUUCCAUGGAUUGUUCCAAUUUAUAGACAUUCUAUUCCUCCUCUGUAAUGGCGACAUCAGCCUUCAGAUCGACGACAAAAAGGACUUCAAUUGGUGGAAAGCAGACAGUCGAAGAAUCUGCUUCGUCUAACAGAACCCAUCGAAGGUCCAGAAGUCUCAGUCAGUUCUCCCGUCGUCCUCCCGAACUUGACCAUGAUUUCAGCGGCGACGAGAUAGUACCCAAGUCGCGCUUUGUAAACACGACGAGAGGUUCUGGGUUUCCGGAUAUUAGUCUUGAUGAUCUUGCUAUUGAAUUUUCUGCUCAUAGGGAUGAAGCGGAUGAACAGAUGAGUAAUAGAGGUCGUCUUAAUCGGCGUUUUUCUGAAAUGGGUACACCGGCUUCUGUUAAUCUUUCUCAGCAACGGAGAGGGAGGUCGGUUUCCAGACAGCGAAAUGGGGAUGGAAAAAGUAACAUUGUUUCUGGUGGUGGUGGUGGUGGUGGAGGAAGGAUGGCAUCGGAUGCAAGUUCGAGAAGGAGGAGAUCUGUUUCAGUUGUUCGAUAUCCGAUUAGUGAUUCUGAGAGUGAUAAAGAUCUUUCUAACAAACAUGAAAACUUGAAGAAAUUCAAUAAAGGGACUGCACAGAUGCCUUUGUUACACAAACCAAAAACGCCCAACCAGCGAUUUCUUGGGAGGUCUAUGAGUCAAAAAGAUCUGUCGAAAUUCCAUGAUGACUACUCAAGCCAGUCUUCUGCUUUAACAGAUGAUGAAACUAAGGAUGCUUACAGCAGAAAAAAAGUUGUUGAGAAAACAAUUCGAGCAGUUUAUGCUCAGAAAAAGGUGGACAACCCAGUUGGAGAUGAUGGGAGCUGUGGGUUGUAUGAUACGAUGAGAAAGGAACUUAGAAAUGCUGUUGACGAGAUCAAGACAGAACUUGAACAAGCAAUGGUGAGAAAAAGUUCAGUAAGUGGUAGAAGUAUGCAAUCAAAGGAGACUGGUGUUCUUCAAGCUGUCUCUUCUAUCAGAAAGAAUUACUCUGCAAAAUUGGAACAGUCAGAGAAACGGAAGCAAGAUCUUCUAGCAGAGAUUCUAUUGGAGGAACAGCGUGGCCUCGAGCUGUCAGAAAUAGUUAACGAACUGCAUACAAAUCCAAAGAACUCUACAUUGCAAGAAAAAACUCGACCUAGAAAGAGAACUGGCGAUAGGAAUGCGAUGUCUGAGGAAUUAAUUGAUGAUGCUGAGAAAUAUAUUGAAGAAUUCCUUUCUAAUGUUGAAGAUACAGAUAUAUCUUCUUUAGAUGGAGAAAGGAGUGAUACAAGUUCUGCUAUAGAUGUUUCAAUGCGGGGUAGAGAUGCUAGGUUUCAUUAUGGUGAAAGGGAAACAUUUCUAAGCCCAACCAGUGCCAAUUCUGCUUCGGUUGAAAUGGAUGGUGUUAUUCUUCCUUGGUUGCAAUGGGAGACUAGUAAUGAUAGUUCCUUCCAAAAGAGCACGAAUAAAAGAGAACUUCCUAUUGCUCCAAUAAACAUGGCAUGGGAUACAGCUUUGGAAGCAGCAACUAUGAGGCAUGAUGAUCAUCAAUCCCAUUCUACUAGUAGCCUUGGAAAUUGGAGUCCAGUAAUCAAUACUCAUUAUCUCAUCGAUGAAAAACCUGGAAGCAUCACGAAGAAUUCAACAUUCGACAUGGACAAGUAUCUUCGGCUUAAGAAAGAAGAGGAUGUUUUGGUUGAAAGAUGGCGAGAACGCAGCAGAAUAGUUUCUGGCGGUUUAUUGCUUUGUAGCAAUGGCUUCUUCUAGAAAUCCAGUAUGUAUUCUUCUGUCCCAACAUACAUAUAUGGAUGCUAUUGACUCUAAUCUGUGAAAUGCGUUUAAUUUAUAUCAAACAGAAUUGUUAGAAAUGAGUCAAAUUUAUAUUAUUAGUGUUUUCUCAAUUAUAUCAUAAGAUUUUUAAUUUAGAAUUGGAGAAGUAGAAACAAUAUAACUGUUUUUUCAUGA